AUGACAUUCCUACCAUGGAUUGUAGUUCUGGUGCUGUGCAGCCGAGUCGCCAGCAGAGCAGCAUUCCUUCGAGAUCGUCCAAGAGGUCUUGGCCUACUACAACUCCCCACUGGAAUGACCGAUGAACGUUCCGCACCUUUUUUCCCAAAUAUUUACAUAGCUGGUGAUAAGGCGGGUGAGAAACCUGCAUCUGUGCCAGAUGUUCACCUUCCCGGUCAGAUGGCUGUAUUCAGUGGUCGCUCUGCCUUCAAUCCAUUCACUCACGCCGUGGCUGCCACAUUCAAUGAGGAUCUUGUCGAUUCAUGGGGAACUGGAUUUGCUGUAAAUGGUGUGAACAACUUCAACCUGCAAGUUAGACGAAAUUUCGAUCAAUACGCGGAUGCGCCGCUCGAUCGCAACGAUGGAACGUAUCAACCGUUUCUUACCGCCGGUACAGUUGGUGGAGAAUACGAUCUGAGCAAAAUCCGAGAAGUGGCAGGUCAUCUCGAUUUACCUAUACCUGGAGUGAAUGAGCUGUUCGAUUUUGAUGGUAGGAUCAUGUUGAAAGGAUUUGGAAACGGUAUUCUGAACAGUGCAAUGGAGUUCCCGUUGACCUUAUCGGAUCCGAACGAACGUGCCCCGUACACGUUCAAGUAUUUGAACUUUAUGGCAGAUCGACACAUGCAAUACGGGCAUGUGCUCCCGAAUGUGAACCUGUUCCUCGUCGGGAAGGACAAAAUUAUGGAUCGACUGACGCAGAACAAGCUGAACCCAACGAUGAUCGGAUGA